CCAGAAGCUUAAUACUGUAUUUUAUCAUUAGGUGGCUUUCCUGUUGCACCUGUGUGGGGAUUUUCAUUCCUGGGUAAAGGAUCGGAAAGAAACACAUCAAGCCUGGACACGAUUUUCUGGACAACUUAUUAUACUCUGCUGGGGAGGAAGAGGGUACUGGGGCACGUGGCUGGCCGCUGUCUGCAGGGAGCUCUGUGUGCUGGUUGUGCCGCAGGAGCAUUGCUGCUGGCUAAGAGCCACCAGGAGGAAGCGGAUUGUCCUACAACUUGCUGCCACGAUGCUGGCUGCUCGUCUCUCCAGACCACUGGCACGGCUCCCAGGAAAAACGCUAAGUGUCUGUGACAGAGAAAAUGGGUCAAGACACAUGCUGUUGUUUUACCCAGCCUCCUUCACCCCCGUCACCUGCCGGACUUAUGCCAGUCAGGCAGAUGCGGCUAGCGGCAAAGCUGUCCUGGUUACAGGCUGUGACUCCGGAUUUGGGUUCUCUUUGGCCAAACAUCUGCACUCAAAAGGUUUCCUUGUAUUUGCUGGCUGCUUGCUGAAGGACAAAGGUGAUGCUGGGGUCAAGGAGCUGGACAGCUUGAAGAGUGACCGACUGAGAACCAUCCAGCUCAAUGUCUGCAACAGCGAAGAGAUAGAGAAAGCAGUGGAGACGGUCCGCUCCGGCCUGAAGGACCCUGAGAAGGGCAUGUGGGGCCUGGUGAACAACGCAGGCAUCUCAACAUUCGGUGAGGUGGAGUUCACCAGCAUGGAGACGUAUAAGGAGGUGGCCGAAGUGAAUCUCUGGGGAACGGUGCGCACAACAAAAUCCUUCCUCCCGCUUCUCCGAAGAGCCAAAGGCCGAGUUGUUAACAUCAGCAGCAUGCUGGGUCGCAUGGCCAACCCCGCCCGCUCACCGUACUGCAUCACCAAGUUUGGGGUGGAGGCUUUCUCCGACUGCCUCCGCUAUGAGAUGCACCCUCUGGGGGUCAAGGUCAGCGUGGUGGAGCCCGGCAACUUCAUCGCCGCCACCAGUCUCUACAGCCCCGAGCGUAUCCAGGCCAUUGCCAAGAAGAUGUGGGAUGAGCUGCCGGAGAUCGUUCGCAAAGACUACGGCAAGAAGUACUUCGAUGAGAAGAUCGCCAAGAUGGAGACCUACUGCAACAGCGGUUCCACAGAUACGUCCUCCGUCAUCGACGCCGUCACGCACGCCCUGACUGCCGCCACGCCGUAUACCCGCUAUCACCCCAUGGACUAUUACUGGUGGCUGCGGAUGCAGAUCAUGACCCAUUUUCCAGGCGCCAUCUCUGACAAGAUCUAUAUCCACUGAAGAGCCAAAGAGAGGUCCCUGUGGCCUCUGCCAGGGAGCCUGGUGGGAGGGAAAAGGAUGGGGGGUGGGGGGUUUUCACACAGUUACGUUUUGAUUAACCCUUGUGGAUUAACCAUUGUCUUAGGAAGACGUAUUGUAGCGUUAACCUGACUUGUUCAACGCGGUGAAUGGUUUGGGCCUUCACAAAUGUGGGGGCACAGGUGGGCGGCCCUCAACCCCAGGGCCAACAUGGUGCUCCUAUCUAUCUCAAAUUGAUUUUAUACAGAGAUUUGUGGGGAAAUGUCUUUAUAUUAAAAAACAGAUUAUUAGAAUAGAAAUCCAAAAUUAUUUUUAAGCCGAAACAUCCAAAGUACUCAUCCCAUUUGCUCCUUAAGCAAGUCUCACGAGCAAAAAAGAACAGAUUUGUGCGUGAAAGAAUUUGCAGAUAAUGGAGGACACACAGAAUACCUCUCUCUCAUUGUGUUCAAGGGGUCCCAUCCGUGUGCUGGCUUUGCUGUGAAAGCUGGUCGCAUUUGGGACCCAAGAGUCCAGGAACCCUCUGAUCAUCAAGUCUGUGUCUUCUCUUGAGCCACUCACACCAGGUGCCAUUGGGUUUCUCUAUCUGUGGCUCUGUGUGACCGGUGGCCCCAUCCAGUGACUCUCAGCCGGCUGGGGGCGGGGAAUCUGGAGACUUCCAGCUGAGGCUUCAACACCCUCUUUGAAGACUCAGGUUAGAUCUGGGUGGAGCCGCUGUCUGGCUAAGAGGGCAGUUUGAUUUCACCUAGGACAGGCUUGGGGCUACAGGCAGUGGUGGUGCCAAGGCUGGGCAUGAGACACUUCCCCAGCAAUGGGUCUAGAUGCCUGCUUGUCUCGAGUGCUCACUCGGUGCUCCCAAAACACACACCCACUCCAUGGGACUUCAGGGUGGUCCUUUCUACUGUGAACUUCUUUUUCAUAAAGCAGAGACGCUACUAGACAGCCUGUACUGCCAAUUAAGGCAUCUUUGAAUUUAAAGGCUGCUUGUCUCUGAAGUUGCCCAGGGUCUGGGUGUUUGGCUCCAAACCAAAUACCAACGUGUUCCAGGUGGUGGCAAGCCUUUGGGCAGGGUGUUGCGUGCCAGCUUUACACAUCUUUAACAAUCAUUUGUGCCUCUUGUUGCAAAGUCUAGACCUGCCACGAGAGGGAGCCCUGCCUCCUCGAGUGUUUGACCACAUACUUGGCCACUGCCUGGGAACAAAGAGAAUCAAAGCCCCCUUGGAAACCGAUCCUACAGCUGUCUAGCCUGAACCUGGAGCCCAAAGCCAGGAAAAAGCAAAGGAACCUGGGCAGCUACCAAAGGGUGCAGGCAGUGCUGAGGCAAAGAGCCUCCCACAGAGAGCGAUUUCCCCUGCCUUUUGGGAAUUUGACCCCUGUGGAUUCAAAGCGGGAUGCCCUGUUCCAGCCCCUGUCUUCAGAGCAAGGCAGAUAGGGCCUGGGAGGGAAGGAAAGAGGGAGGCAGGGUCCCAGGGCCCACAGAGGGACUCCUGAUGACUUGCGGUUGCCUAACAACCGGGUGCUUUUGCACUGCAGAGCCUGCCUCCAGCUGGAGCCUUUCUGUGGCAUUUUCACGUCUUGGGAGAAUUUGUUUUCAUGCUUAAUAAAGAGAUUGGUUGUGACA